AUGCUGUCUCAUGUUCCAUCUCAGGCUAAAGAAUAUUUGAGCUCUGAUUCCGUUGAGCUAGAAGCUACACUAGAUGAUGACUGGACAAGCCAUUACCCUCAAAAGUAUCUAAAUUCACUUGAGUUCCCUGGGCUACCAAACCACAUUCUCUGCUUGAAGGUAGGACCAGUCAUGAUUCUGCGCAAUCUCAACCAGACUUAUGGAUUAUGUAAUGGGACAAGGGUGAUAGUUACUCGACUAGGUAACAGGAUAGUCGAGGCUGAGAUCAUGACUAGGAAAGAUUCAGACGGGGCUGAUGGAGUAACCAAUAUUGUCUACAAGGAGAUCCUCAAGGGGUUUAGAGACGCAAAGGCUAGCAUUAAACAGGUUUAG